AUGGCAUCCACUAUCACUACCGACUUGAAAAACCUCUCAAUCUCUGAACCAGUAGUCAUCAUCGGUUCCGGUCUAGCUGGUCUUGCAUCUGCAAACCAAUUAGUCAACAAAUACAAAAUCCCAAUCGUCAUCUUAGAAAAGGAGUCAUCUUUAGGAGGAAAUUCUAUCAAGGCUUCGAGUGGUAUCAAUGGUGCUCAUACUACUACUCAAUCCAAUCUAAACGUAAAUGAUACUCCUGAAUUAUUCUUUAACGAUACCACGAAAUCUGCAAAGGGUAAAGGUGUUGAGACUUUAAUGGAUAAAUUGGCUAAAGAUUCACACUUGGCCGUGGAAUGGUUACAAUCUGAAUUCGAUUUGAAAUUAGAUUUAUUGGCUCAAUUAGGUGGUCAUUCCGUACCAAGAACUCAUAGAUCAUCAGGAAAAUUACCUCCUGGUUUCGAAAUUGUUUCUGCUUUAUCUAAAAAUUUGAAAAAUUUGGCUGAAUCAAAUCCUGAAUUAGUUAAGAUUAAUUUAGAUUCAAAAGUAACAGAUAUUAAAGUGGAAGACAAGAAAGUCACUGGUGUGGAAUUUAUCAACACUCAAAAUGAUAAGGUUGAAACUUUAAACACUUCAAAUGUCAUCUUUUGUUCAGGUGGGUUUGGAUUCUCCAAGGAAAUGUUACAAGAAUAUGCUCCUGAUUUAGUAAAUUUACCAACAACUAAUGGUAAACAAACUACAGGUGAUGGUCAAAAAAUAUUAUCGAAAUUAGGCGCUGAUUUAAUCGAUAUGGAUCAAAUUCAAGUUCAUCCAACUGGGUUCGUCGAUCCUCAAGAUCCAGAAUCUCAUUGGAAAUUCUUAGCUGCAGAAGCAUUGAGAGGGUUAGGUGGUAUCUUAUUAAGUCCAUCCACAGGUAAAAGAUUCGUCAAUGAAUUAGAUACAAGAGAUGUCGUCACUGAAGCCAUUCAAAUUCAAUGUUCUAAGGCAAACAAUAAAGCUCUUUUAGUACUAGGUGAAGGUAUCUAUGAAGAUUUGAAAAAUAAUUUGGAUUUUUAUAUGUUCAAGAAAUUAAUAAAAAAAAUUACUUUGAAGCAAGUUGUCGAAGAUUAUAAAUUACCUAUCACCAGUGAUGAGUUGGCUGAACAUUUAAACCAAUACUCUACUGCAGCAAAGGAUACUUUUAACCGUCCAUUAGUAGUUAAGAAUCUUGGUGAUGAAAUAACUUCAGAAACUAACGUUUUCAUCGGGGAAGUUACUCCAGUAGUUCAUUUCACUAUGGGUGGUGCAAAGAUAAACACAAAAUCACAAGUUAUAAAUAAAGAUGGACAAAUCUUAGCACAGGGUUUAUACGCUGCAGGUGAAGUCUCUGGUGGGGUUCAUGGUGCAAACAGAUUGGGUGGGUCUAGUUUAUUAGAAUGUGUCGUUUUCGGUAGAACUGCUGCUGAUAGCAUUGCAAAUGUUAAUUAA